AGUCUCCAUCUGACUUUUUGCUUUCGGUUUUGAACCGGAGCCGCGCCGCGACGCUUGGUUGUGUUCGUCUCUUUAUUGUUCGUCAGCCUUGUACUAUCAGUUUCAGUGUUUAUCGUCAUGGGUCAGUCAGUAACUACCCCCCUUAGUCUAACUUUGCAGCACUGGCAUGAUGUACAGGACACCGCUAAUAAUCAAUCAGUGGACGUCCACAAAGCGUUCUGUUCCUCAGAAUGGCCCACCUUCAAUGUGGGAUGGCCACGGGAUGGGACUUUUGAUCUUAACACCAUUUCACAGGUCAAAGCCAAAGUGAUGGAUCCUGGCCCACAUGGGCACCCUGAUCAGACCGCCUAUAUUGUUACCUGGGAAGCCCUGGCUUAUGACCCUCCUCCCUGGGUCAAGCCGUUUGUCCCCCCGAAACGUCCCAUCUUCACUGCCCCUUCUGUACCCUCCUUACCUCCACCUAUCCUUCCAACCCCGGCGCAACCCCCUUCUCGCUCAUCCCUCUACCCCGCCCUAACUAAACUCUAUCAGGAAAAGAAACCACCGAAGCCUAAGACAAAACCGGUUCCACAAGUCCUGCCUCCGGGGGAUGAUCUCCUGGAAGAGCCACCCCCAUACCAGGACUCUAACGAGGCAGAACCGGCAGAUCUCCCGAGCGAUGAAAACGCGGCGGAGCCACUAGAGCCCUCUCCGGUGGCUACCAGGCUGAGAGGAAGGAGGGAACAACAACCUGUGGACUCAAGCACUUCUCAGGCUUUUCCACUCAGGGCAGGCACCAAUGGCCAGCCCCAAUACUGGCCCUUCUCGGCCUCGGAUCUUUACAACUGGAAAAAUAAUAAUCCCCCUUUAUCUAAGGAUCCCUCCAUGCUAACUUCUUUGAUUGAGUCUAUUCUAGUCACCCAUCAGCCCACCUGGGACGAUUGCCAGCAACUAUUGCAGGCACUCCUGACGACGGAGGAGAAACAAAGAGUCCUCCUGGAGGCUCGAAAGAAUAUCAGUGGGGCCAAUGGCCGCCCCACCCAGCUGCCUAAUGAAAUUGAUGCAGCAUUUCCCCUGGAACGCCCAAGCUGGGACUUCACCACAAUUGAAGGUAGGAAUCACCUAAUUCACUAUCGCCAGUUGCUCAUAGCGGGUCUCCAUGGGGCUGCCAGACGCCCCACCAAUUUGGCCCAGGUAAAACAGAUCACCCAGGGCUCUGAGGAACCCCCUUCUGCCUUCCUAGAGCGACUUAUGGAAGCCUACUGCAUUUAUACACCUUAUGAUCCGGAGGAUCCAGGACUGGAAACAAAUGUUUCUAUGUCUUUCAUUUGGCAGUCAGCUCCAGACAUUAAGAGAAAAUUAGAGCGAUUAGAUAACUUAAAAGAGAGCUCACUUCAAGACUUACUGAAGGAGGCAGAAAGGAUCUUCAAUAAGAGAGAGACGCAGGAGGAGAAAGAGGAGCGACUCAGAAAGGAAGCAGAGGAGAGAGAGAGUAUGAGAGACCGUAAGAGAAAUAAGGAAAUUAGCAAGCUUCUGGCCACUGUAGUCUCAGGACAGAGACAGGAUAGACAGGGGGGAGAUCGAAGGGGGCCCAGCGUAGACAAGGAUCAAUGUGUCUACUGCAGGGAAAAAGGACAUUGGGUCAAAGACUGUCCUAAGAGACCUAGAGGACCUCGAAAGCCAAAACCCCAAACCUCCCUCUUGACCUUGGAUGUAGGAAGGGCGGGGUCAGGAGCCCCCCCCCCUGAGCCCAGGAUAACCCUUAAUGUUGGGGGGCAGCCAGUCACCUUCCUAGUAGACACUGGGGCUCAGCAUUCUGUGUUGACCCAGAACCCCGGACCCCUGAGCGACAAGUCUGCUUGGGUCCAAGGAGCUACCGGUGGGAAAAGGUAUCGAUGGACAACCGAUCGCAAAGUUCAUCUGGCUACUGGUAAGGUGACUCACUCUUUUCUUCAUGUCCCUGACUGCCCAUAUCCACUACUAGGAAGAGACUUGCUAACAAAAUUAAAAGCCCAAAUAUACUUUGAAAGUUCGGGGGUGCAGAUCACCGGGCCCCAAAAGCAGCCCCUGCAUGUGCUGACCCUAAGUUUGGAAGAUGAAUACCGGCUCCACAAACCACCCACAAAACCUGACCCCUUAACAGAGACCUCUUGGCUGACAGAAUUCCCUCAAGCAUGGGCAGAGACUAGGGGCAUGGGACUGGCCAAACAACAAGCCCCUUUAGUUAUAUCUUUAAAGGCUACAGCCACCCCCAUCUCGAUCAAACAAUAUCCUAUGUCACAUGAAGCCAGAGAAGGAAUCAGACCCCACAUACGGAGACUCUUAGACCAGAGAAUAUUAAUACCUUGCCAGCCCCCCUGGAACACUCCCUUACUGCCUGUCAAGAAGCCUGGAACUGGGGAUUAUAGGCCAGUCCAAGACCUAAGAGAAGUCAACAAGCAGGUGGAGGACAUACACCCCACAGUGCCUAACCCCUACAAUUUGUUGAGUGGACUCUCCCCGACCUAUAACUGGUAUUCAGUGUUGGAUUUGAAGGAUGCAUUCUUCUGUCUGAGACUUCGCCCUGAGAGUCAGCCUAUAUUUGCCUUCGAAUGGAAGGAUCCUGACUUGGGGAUUUCGGGACAGUUAACUUGGACCAGGCUCCCACAAGGAUUCAAAAAUAGCCCCACCCUGUUCAAUGAGGCGUUGCACAGGGAUUUGGCUGACUUUAGGAUCCAGCAUCCAACUCUCAUGCUGCUUCAAUAUGUAGACAAUCUCCUGCUGGUGGCCACCUCAGAACAGGAAUGCAGGGAAGGUACCAAGGCCUUGUUACAGGCCCUGGGGAACCUUGGCUACCGAGCCUCAGCUAAGAAGGCUCAGAUUUGUCAGAAGCAAGUUACUUACCUGGGGUAUUUGAUUAAAAAAGGACAGAGAUGGCUGACAGAGGCCAGGAAAGAGACAGUUAUGGGAAUGCCCGUGCCUCGGACCCCUUGACAACUGAGAGAGUUCCUAGGGACGGCAGGAUUCUGUCGCCUCUGGAUCCCGGGGUUUGCAGAGAUGGCGGCCCCCUUGCACCCCCUUACUAAAUCAGGAACUCUAUUUGAUUGGGGCAAGGACCAACAGAAGGCAUACCAGAAAAUAAAGCAGGCCCUGCUAACGGCCCCUGCGUUGGGACUCCCAGACUUGACCAAGCCGUUUGAGCUGUUUGUAGACGAAAAACAGGGUUAUGCCAAGGGGGUUCUAACACAGAAGCUAGGACCCUGGCAACGCCCUGUGGCCUACCUAUCAAAGAAGUUAGAUCCGGUGGCCUCCGGAUGGCCCCCUUGCCUCAGAAUGGUAGCUGCAAUAGCAGUCCUGACAAAGGACGCGGGCAAACUGACUUUGGGGCAGCCAUUGACUAUUUUGGCCCCUCAUGCAGUGGAGGCCCUGGUCAAGCAACCCCCUGACCGCUGGCUCUCCAACGCUCGCAUGACCCACUAUCAGGCCAUGCUUCUGGACACUGACCGAGUCCAUUUCGGACCUGUGGUAGCCCUGAACCCUGCAACCUUGCUCCCUCUGCCAGAGGGGGAGGCAGAGCAUGAUUGCCUCAAGAUCCUUGAGGAAAUGCACGGGACCAGACCGGACCUGACGGAUCACCCUCUUAAAGAUGCUGAUUUCACCUGGUAUACGGAUGGGAGCAGCUUCCUAAAGGAUGGAGAACGGAGAGCCGGGGCAGCAGUAACCACCGAAACCAAGGUAAUCUGGGCUAAAGCCCUUCCAGCAGGGACCUCCGCUCAACGGGCCGAACUCAUCGCCCUCACACAAGCACUCAGGAUGGCAGAAGGUAAGAAGCUUAAUGUCUAUACUGAUAGUCGGUACGCUUUUGCCACUGCCCACAUUCAUGGGGAAAUCUAUCGAAGGCGAGGGCUGCUAACUUCUGAGGGAAAGGAAAUCAAAAACAAGCUUGAGAUUCUAGCUCUACUCAAGGCCCUAUUCUUGCCCCAGAAACUCAGUAUUAUGCACUGCCCUGGGCAUCAAAAGGGAAACAGCCAAGAGGCCAGAGGCAAUUGCCUGGCAGAUGAAACAGCUAGGAGGGUGGCACAGGAGUCCACCUCAACUACUCUGCCUUUACAGCAACAGCCAGACAAGCCUCGAAGCCCUUUCAAACAUGACCAAAAAGAUCUGGAACUCUUAAAAUACUUGAGGGCCACACAGGACCCAGUCACACACCAAUGGACCUUUAAAGGAAAGACUGUUAUGCCAAUGGCAUACACACAUAAAAUGCUCAAGUAUCUGCAUAAAUUGACCCACUUAAGUCCUAGAAAGAUGAAAACCCUAAUAGACCGGGAAGAAGGGUUUUUCUAUUUAUUAGGCCGGGACAGUAUCCUCCAGGAAAUUGUAGACCAAUGUCAAGCCUGUGCCCAGGUAAAUGCGGGAAAGACUAAAUUAGGACAAGGAAUCCGGAUGAGAGGACAUCGUCCUGGAAUCCACUGGGAAAUUGAUUUUACUGAAGUCAAGCCAGGAUUGUAUGGGUACAAGUAUCUGUUGGUAUUUGUUGACACUUUUUUGGGAUGGGUGGAAGCCUUCCCAACCAAGCAUGAAACGGCAAAGAUCGUGACUAAAAAACUAUUGGAAGAGAUUUUCCCCAGGUACGGCAUGCCCAAAGUGCUGGGCACUGACAAUGGGCCCGCCUUUGUCUCCCAGGUAAGUCAGUUGGUGGCCAAGCUCCUGGGGAUUGAUUGGAAAUUACAUUGUGCCUACUGGCCCCAGAGUUCAGGACAGGUAGAACGAAUGAAUAGAACUAUUAAGGAGACCUUAACCAAAUUAACGCUUGCAACUGGCGCUAGAGAUUGGGUGCUCCUACUGCCCCUAGCACUCUACAGGGCCCGCAAUACCCCCGGACCCCAUGGACUCACACCCUUUGAAAUACUAUACGGGGUGCCCCCGCCCUUCAUUAAUUUCUUUGAUUCCAAUAUUUCAGACUUUGCUAACAGCCCCUCUCUGGAAGCUCAUUUACAGGCACUCCAGACUGUACAGAGGGAGGUCUGGAAGCCGCUUGCUGCAGCCUACAAAGAGCAAUUGGACAAACCAACGGUGCCUCACAACUACCAGAUUGGCAACACCGUGUGGGUCCGCAGACAUCAGACCAAGAACUUGGAACCCCGUUGGAAAGGACCCUACACCGUGCUCCUGACCACUCCAACGGCACUAAAAGUUGACGGCAUUGCAGCCUGGGUCCACGCCUCCCACGUGAAGGCAGCUCACCCAGACGAGGAUACAACAAAACCAUCAUGGAGGGUCCAACGCACUCAAAACCCUUUAAAGAUAAGACUUUCCGGGGGACCCCUUUGA